AUAGAAAAUCAUUUAGUCACAGUUAUUAGACCAAGACGAAUUCUUUGAGUUACUGGACAGGUGUUCCUUCCCCCAGAAGAUCAGUUUACCCCGAAAGACGUCCACGUCAUGGCUGUGACACCUUGGUCGCUGAUUCUACUGCUCCUACUUUUCGGUUGUCCCUGUUUCAAGGCUCUCGAUGAGAAGCGGAUUCGGGGAGUGCUGAGCUUGGAACGCGAUCUCCUGCAGACUCUUCGUGAAUAUGCCGAAAAGCUGGAGGCGAAGAUCAGUUUGAUAAACAAUUCCUUGGAAGAGUACAUGGACGAGAUAGAGGAGGCCAAUGAGAACCCAGAGGAGUAUCUCUCCAAUCCGCUGAACGCCUUCCGAUUGAUCAGGCACAUGCACCAGGAUUGGGUCGGUUGGCAAGUGUACAUGGAGCAGCCAGUGGCGCCCGAACAGGUGGCCAAGUUGGAGCGACUACUGCCGAAGCUUCCCCAAAAGGAGGCCUUCAAGAAGGCGGCCAAGGAUGUGCAUAGUUUAACCCGAUUCUACGGCUAUGAACCCAUUGAUCUGGUGGCCAAAAAUGAGCGAAAGAGUCCGCUUCAUCUUUCCCCUCUGGACUGCUAUCACUUGGGCAUGGAACUCUACGAGGAUCACGAUUAUCUGGGAGCAGCCAAGUGGCUUCAAGUGGCUGCCCAGAACUUCACACGCUCGAGGUACAGUGAUCUCUUUAGUAUCCUGGGAGCACCUCGUUGGCAGGUCUUUCGAGAUUUGGCCAGAGCCCUACAUAAACUGAAUCGCAAGUCUGCUUAUGGUGCCUAUGAAUCGGCCCUUCGUUUGAACUCCCAGAAUGUCCAUCUCAUGCAGGAAGUUGGCCAAAUGGAGCUCCUCAGUCUGCGGGAUCCCAUGGAACCCAUACUGGAUCCUGAACCGAAACCCAGCUUUCUGGAAAGGAAUUGUCGAGGAGAUAUCCCUCCGCAUCAGGGUCGUUUGAAGUGCGAGCUUAAUACCUGGGUCCAUAUGUUCCUGGAAUUGGCUCCCUUAAAGUUCGAGGAGCUAAUCAAUGAUCCCUAUACCAUUGUUUUUCCGGGAAGCAUCUCAGAGAACGAGAUAACGCACAUUGAGGACGCCUACGAACGGUGUCCCCCGAACUCCCAAUUCGAGCUGAUAAAGGGAAUCAACGGGUGCUCCAUCUCCGAUGGUUAUAGUCCGGUGCUAAAGGGUAUUAACGAGAGGAUUUUGGACAUGACGGGAGUGGAGGAGACCUGGCAUACUUUCUAUAUAGUCGAAUACUCCCAGCUGACGACCUUUGAACCCUUCAAACUUUUUAGGAAUUCUACUAAGUUACAGCUCCAAAAGUUAAACGCCCAGAACUUGGAUAAUGUCGAGGGCACUGUUAUAAUAUUUUUAAAGGAUUUGGAUUUGGGUGGAGCGAUUACCAUGCCAAAUGCAGAUCUUUAUGUGCAUCCCAAGAGGGGCAAUGUGUUGAUUACUUUCCAGCCAGGGGAACUCGAGACUACGAUUUGUCCAAAUAUUGCGGGUAGUGGAUUAGUCAUGAUCAAGUUUAUUUUUAUGAAGGAAAAGUAAGCGGUUGGAUAAAGCUGGAUGAUUUGUUUAAAAAAUAUUACAUUUUAAGCUUGCUAAUAGAAAUUUACAUAAUUUAAGAGUUUAAAUAAAUUUAACCAGCCCUGCAAAAA